ACAUUUUAAAUCUAGCAACAUCUGGUCACAUUGCAAUGCAACAGUGCUUAGAUUACAAGAAAGUUUGGUAGCAAUAAGAUGAGGAACAACGGAAAAUUACAGGGUAAAACACUGUUUAUCACAGGCGCCUCUCGUGGCAUCGGCAAGGCGAUUGCUUUGAAAGCAGCGCGCGAUGGCGCUAAUAUUGUGAUAGCUGCCAAAACAGCUGAGCCACAUCCAAAGUUACCUGGCACAAUUUAUACAGCCGCUGCGGAGAUCGAAAGGGCAGGUGGCAAAGCUUUACCCUGCAUUGUGGACGUACGCGAUGAAAAGCAAGUGCAACAGGCGGUUGAAGCAGCUGUUGCGAAAUUUGGAGGCAUUGAUAUUGUUAUAAACAAUGCGAGUGCCAUAUCUCUUACCUCAACACUGGAUACGGAAAUGAAGCGUUAUGACUUAAUGCAGAAUAUAAAUACAAGAGGCACUUUCUUGGUCUCUAAAACUUGCUUGCCUUAUCUGUUAAAGAGCUCUAAUCCACACAUUUUGAACCUGUCUCCCCCGUUGAAUAUGAAGCCCCACUGGUUUGCCAAUCAUACAGCCUACACCAUAGCUAAAUAUGGCAUGUCCAUGUGUGUUCUUGGCAUGGCCGAGGAGUUUCGUUCUCAAGGCGUGGCAGUUAAUGCCCUUUGGCCUCGUACAACGAUUCACACGGCUGCGAUAGAAAUGUUGAAUGGAUCAGAGAGUGCUGAAUACGCUCGGAAACCGGAUAUAAUGGCAGAUGCAGCAUAUGCGAUAAUUUGUAGAGAUGCCAGGGAAUACACUGGCAAUUUCUUUAUGGACGAUGAGAUAUUGUUGGAUUGUGGCGUUAAGGACUUUAGCAAGUAUGCCUGCAACCCAGAAAACAUGCACAAGUUGCAGUUGGAUAUCUUUUUAGAUGAUGAAGGCCCUUUUGCUAAGUUGUAA